AUCAAACAUUCUACUAAGUUCUCUGUACUUCGGCUAUCAGCCAAAUUUGCAAAGGCCAUGGAAAAAAAUUAGGAUAGGGCCCACAUCUCCCUGCCUCAGGGGUGCAGAGUGCUCUCACAAGGUUUUGUUUCAUCUCCUGCCAGUUCUAAAAGGGUAUGCAAAGCAGAUACUAUUACCCCUUGCACAGAAAGGAGAAGGAAUGUGCCUAAAAAGAAACAGCUUGCUAGCUGAUGACAGAGUCCGCAUUGACACCUGUUCUGGCUGACCUAAGUGAAUGUCUCUCUUUAUUCCAAAUUCCUUAAGUGGAAUCGCCCCUCUGAGCAACCGCGCCCUAUUACGACUGCGUGGGUGGCUCGCCUAUAAAAGCCCGUCUUAGAGCGUCUCGUCGCCACAAUCUCUUCCUGUUCUUGGUGCGUCUGUUGUGGCUUCUAGUUGGGACCGCAGUGGCCGUGAAGAUGGCGUCUACCAGCCGCUUGGAUGCUCUUCCAAGAGUCACGUGUCCAAACCAUCCAGAUGCGAUUUUAGUGGAGGACUACAGAGCUGGUGAUAUGAUCUGUCCAGAAUGUGGCCUGGUUGUAGGUGACCGGGUUAUCGAUGUGGGGUCUGAAUGGAGAACUUUCAGCAAUGAUAAAGCAACAAAAGAUCCAUCCCGAGUUGGAGACUCUCAGAAUCCUCUUCUGAGUGAUGGAGAUUUGUCUACCAUGAUUGGCAAGGGUACAGGAGCUGCAAGUUUUGACGAAUUUGGCAAUUCUAAGUACCAAAAUCGGAGAACAAUGAGUAGUUCUGAUCGAGCAAUGAUGAAUGCUUUCAAAGAAAUCACUACUAUGGCAGACAGAAUCAACCUCCCUCGAAAUAUAGUUGAUCGAACAAAUAAUUUAUUCAAGCAAGUGUAUGAACAGAAGAGCCUGAAGGGCAGAGCUAAUGAUGCCAUAGCUUCCGCUUGUCUCUAUAUCGCCUGUAGACAAGAAGGGGUUCCCAGGACAUUCAAAGAAAUAUGUGCCGUGUCACGAAUUUCUAAGAAAGAAAUUGGUAGAUGUUUCAAACUUAUUUUGAAGGCAUUAGAAACCAGUGUGGAUUUGAUUACAACUGGGGACUUCAUGUCCAGGUUUUGUUCCAACCUUUGUCUCCCUAAACAAGUACAGAUGGCAGCUACACAUAUAGCCCGUAAAGCUGUGGAACUGGACUUGGUUCCUGGAAGGAGCCCGAUCUCUGUGGCGGCAGCGGCCAUUUACAUGGCUUCACAGGCAUCGGCUGAGAAGAGGACCCAAAAAGAAAUUGGAGAUAUCGCUGGUGUUGCUGAUGUUACAAUCAGGCAGUCCUACAGGCUAAUCUAUCCUCGAGCCCCAGAUCUGUUUCCUACAGACUUCAAAUUUGACACCCCUGUGGACAAACUACCACAGCUGUAA